CACCACCAAGAUCAGAAAAGCAUAUCAUGUCAAAUAGACUGUCACCCUGUGCAAUAGUUGAAACCUGUGGCCCACUGAGUUUAGAGUCAUCUCUCAUCUCAAGCUUUUCUAUGACAACUGUUCCUAUUACAAUUCUAACAGAGGAAAGAAAUCCUUCAAAGGAAUGUGAUAUUGCUGUGCAGCAUUUAACAAGUAGUUCAGAUGUAAAUGAAGUGACUCAUAUCAAUGCAACUAAAUUGACCUCUAGUUCCCUUGAAGAAACCAAAGAGGAUAUAGGAUUUUGGAUAAGAAGUGAGGAAGGAGAAAAGGGAAUUCUGGAAAGUGGCAAAAUAGACUGCAGAAUGUGGCACUCCCUACCUCCAGACAUACCAUUAUUGCUCACUGCUGGAGAAAGAAUUGAACGUACAGAUGCUGAGUUCCAAAAUACAGAUGAUUAUACAUACAAAGAGCACUCUGCUUGUGAUGAGUGUAGAUUUGAGAACCUGAUACAAAGACCAGAUCAACUCGCAUCCAGACAUAAGGAUGAAAAAGAGACAGUGGAAGACAGAUGUAAUUUAGAGCCUUCCAUGAGUAACACUAAGUCCAAAUUACAGCAGGUCCAAUGGGUACCUAACAUGGCUGAUCUCUUUCCAUCAUGCCCAAGAAUUUGUCGAGUUCCUGGAUUCCCAUCUACAGCUAUGACUAUUACUUAUGAGACAGAAGGAAUGGACUGGCCUAGAGAUGGAAAUACAUUGUGGAGAAAGGUAAUGGGACCUAAAACAGAAGAACCCGUUCUGUACAUGGCAAUACCUCAGUAUGAUACACAAAUGAUUGGAAAUAUGGUAUCUCUGGCCUAUUCGUGUCCCAGCGAAACAAGUAUUAUAGGUUAUCCUUCUGCCAUCAGGGGAAAACUAUUAAAAAUAUCCUCCAUAAGUACAUCUUGCUCCAAGAUCUCCAGAGUAGCUGGUAUGCCGUCAAGCUCCCUAAUUCAAGAGGACAAGCCUCAUGUGGAGUGGCUAAACAGGAAAAGCUGUUUGUGGGACAUGCAGUCAAAGGAAAAACUGACCUUCAUCAUAAAUAAACCAGUUCAAUAUACUGAGAUUUCCAGUAUGAUGGUGGCUAUUGCUCCAACUUGCCCUGAGAGAACACUCAUUCCUGGUUUUCCAUCUGCACCAUGCUCAAAAGAAAGAUGGAAAGGUGACACCAUGGAAACCUUUUCUUCAACUUUCUCAACAGUAUCUACCGUAUCUGUAGUUGCUGGGCAUACUUUGAGAAUAGCACCAGCAGCUCAAGUAAAUGGAUGUACCACUACAUCACAACUUCAAGUCAAAGUGGUUCCAAGUAUGCCGAGGCUUCUUCCAACAUGUCCAAUGAUCUCUGGAAUUCCUGGAUAUCCAUCUAAACAAGAAUCUAACAAUUUGGUGUGGGUCAGUGGUCAGACACUAAAUUUAAGAAAACAAUUAAAAGAAAACACAAUUAACUUUAAUGAAACUGGAACAGAUGCAGAGGAUAUAAAUAAAAAUAUGACUUUAUUAUCAACCUGCCCUCUUGCAUCACGCAUUCCAGGUUUUCCAUCUACACAGCAACGUAAAGGUCAGAAGCCAAACAUGCAAAAGAUUCGUCCCUCUUGCCCAAUGCUCUCCCAUAUAGCUGGAUGCCAGAGCAUACAGAUCCCCAGAUCAUCAAAUUGGCCAACCAGUCAAUUCAUUCUGAUGGAUAGGCAAACUAAGAAUCCUACAAUUAUUAUAAAUAAAGCAAAAGAGAACAAGAUACUUGAAAGCAGUGCUGCUUUGCUGCCAACUUGUCCAUCCAAAUCCUGCAUUCCAGGUUUUCCAUCUGUACCAGAACCAAAAAUGCAAAAUAUUUUUCACUCUUGCCCCAAAAGAUCUAAAACUGUUGGAUUCCCUACUAAAGAAGGAACAAGGCAUUUUGAUUGGUUAGUUGACAAUCUAAAUACAAUUCAAUUGUGCGGCAGUGCACCAAAACACAAGUUAUUUUUUAUUAAGGACAAAACAGACAAGACCAGAGACUCAAUGAAAAGUAUGUUUGCCUUAACUCCAACUUGUCCAACACUGACAAGAACACCAGGAUUCCCAUUUGCACCAAAACGCAAAGUUGCCCCUAAUAUGGUAAAUCUUCAGCCAUGUAUUCCAAAAACCUCAAGAAUAGUUGGGCUCCAAUCAAGAGAGAGAACACACACACCUGUAUGGCUUUUUGAGAAAAAGUCUUUGUGGGAGAAAUUAUUCAAUACAAGAUCAGAUAUUUGUGACCAAUGCCACUUUGACCCUCCUUGUGAACAAUUAGACUAUUACAAUAUGAAGAAAAUGAUUGCUUUGGUGCCAACCUGCCCAAGAGAAGCUCAAACCCCCGGCUUUCCUUCUAUACCUUACAUCAAAGUGGAUAAAUUCUAUUUACGAAAAGAGUCAGACAUGAGAAGUAUGCUGAAUUCUUGCCCAGGGUUUACUCUUGUUCCAGGCUUUCCUUCAGUAAAUUCAGUUGUCUCAAUGGACUCAUCAUGGAAAGUUCAGGAGAAGACACUGUGGGUUAAACCUGUAAAGCAGAAAUCAGUUUUAAUUUCAAGUGCAACCAAACAUUAUGAGCAAUAUGUGAAAACUGUAUUGAUUACACCAACAUGCCCUGAUAAAGCUAGAAUUCCUGGAUUUCCAUCUGUAAGAACGUUAAUGUAUGAAAUGACUGCACUCCUACCAUCUUGUUUGUAUGCACCAAGUAUACCUGGAAUGCCAUCUAGGAAAGACAUAAUUCAAGAUCUUACUGAAAUAGACAGAGUGUUGCCUCCUCUGACACUUUUUGGAGAAAAACCUUUGAAGACAAUGAUGCUUUUGGUUGCUAACGAUCUUCCUACAGUUGAGGAUAAAACAGUUAUGUCCACUUUGGUGUACUGCUGCCCAAGCAAAGCAAGGAUUCCUGGAUUCCCAUCAAUGUCUACUACACUUUGCACACAAACUGACAUGUCUGUAACAAACCCCAAUCAAAUCCAGACCCAAACAGAGCCUGAAAUGGCACUCAGUGGUAUGCCACAUGAGAUAGGCAAACGGGAUCUAACAGUGAAUAUCAAACUCUCUGAUAAAUCCCCAGAAAUAAAAAAGAGCCAAGAAAUUCUUGAAGGAAGUCCACUGCAAGAAAAGCAAUCCCUGGAAGAGCACACUGUGGAGCAGUCAUCUCCAAGCCAAACCCAUGACACUACAGACUACUCAGAGACUGAUAUAACAUCUGGAUGGGAGGUACUGGAGGCAGAGGAUCCUUUUAUAGUAAAAGAAGGAUCUUCAGGCCUUGUUGAAUCCAUAGUUGGUGUUUUUCACAAAGGUUUUGAGACAGUAGCUGCGAUGUUGCAGCCCUCUGGUUUUGGAGUGGAUGUGGAUCAAUUGACCACUGUUGACCCCUGUUGUUCGGUGAAUCCUGAAAACAGUGUUAGUGUGAAACCCAUACAGCCUUGGUGUGAACCUGCUGAGGAGCCAAUCCUACAAAAAGCAUUACAUGUUUCAUCAACUGAACCUCAGCAGUUUAAAUUCCCUGUAAGUGCUGAACCAUACAUGUGGCACUUGGCUGACAGUCGAUCUGAGACAUCCUUGUGCUCUAAAGAUGUUGAAAGCUGGCUUACCGAGAAUGGAGAACAUAGCCAGAUGAAGAAGUGGCCUCCACUAACAGAGGCAGACCUACAUGAUAUUACCAAAGAAGAGGAAGAACACGUCCCGCACACUUUACUUCAAAUUAGUGAAACAACCAAAAAGAAAAUGUUUGAUGUUGAUGAGAAUAUUAAAGAAGAGUUUUUUGAUAAGCCAUUCUUGAUAGAGAAGGGGUGAGUGUGUUGGAAUGUUGUCUGAGUGGCAGCAUGACCUAAUCCAGUUUGUGCUUUCCAUGCCUUUUGCCAUUCAUCCUUUUGUACUGCAAAGCUUUUCCUGAAGCAGCCUUGUGUGUUUGUGUCUUGAAGUAUUAAUGCUUGAAUUAGUUGAUCUAUUACAUGUGCACGUUUCAAAGAUUUAAAAAAAAACAAAAAAAAAACGUGAUGAUGUUGGAUUAAUGAUGUGCUCGAUUCUUGAAAAUUGAAUUGUUGGCUGAGGGGUUGUUUUUGAAACUGCUUGCCAGCAGUGUUGCUUGUUUCUAGCUUAGAAAACAGUUUUGGUGUUGUUAAUUGGAAUGUUCUGGAAAUAAUUGGAAAG